AUGGUGACUAAAUUUUAUUUACUAUUGUUAUUCUUUUUGGUGAGUUCGGAUAAAAAUGUUGUUUUAAAUAACAAUCCAUCUGAUUUUUAUCAACAAAUAAAUGCUUGGCCAGAUUUUCAAUUGGCAGCAUUCACUGAUUUAAAUGCUGAUCGUCGAAUGGAUAUUAUAUUUGCCAAUGGCGAUGGUUCGAAAUUAUUUGCUGUUCUACAAUCUGACAAUAAAGGUUUUCAAUCCACUUCACCAAUACCAUCUAGUGUGAGAUUUUCUCCACCUGUUGAAAUAAUUGGUAAUUCUUUGUCUAAGCCUGUUCGUGGUGUUGCUACUUCUGAUUUCAAUGGAGAUUCUCGGACUGAUCUUUUACUAGUCACCGGUAGUUCAGAUGGGGGACCAUUUGAUGUAUAUGUAGCUUAUGGCUCAAGUGGUGAAUAUCGUGGGAAAUUCGGUUCACCAAAAUUUCUGGAUACUUUUACUUCUCAACCAUUAGUAUGCGAUUUAAAUUCUGAUAUGAUUGCUGAUGUAUACGGCGAAGUGUCAGGACAUCGAGUAGCAUAUAUAGGCGGAAAUGAGCUUACGAAAUUAUCCACUGCCUAUUCUGGCCCUUCAUGGUCUCGACUUGGUUAUUCAGCUUUCGGGGAUAUCAACAGAGAUGGUGUUCCUGAUAUUGUAAUCCUUGUGGAUAAUGAGAAUACACAACAAUUACAGGUGAUACUACGUACUCAAUCGUCGAUUGGUUCUUUGCCUGAUGUAACUAAUGCUGAAUUAAUUGAUCUCGAUCCUAAGUUAUUAAGUACUCCACAAUCUGUUUUGGGAUUAUUCGUGUUGAAUGAUUUCGACUAUGAUGGCUCAAUUGAUUUACUUCUACCUGUAUGCAGAGACGCUAAAUGUUUGGAUACCAGUAGUAUAUAUAUAUAUUCUUUCAAAGAUCGAAAGUGGUUCCCUGUUAAUAUAAUAUGGGAGCCUUCAAAUGUUAAAGAAAAUACUAUGCGAUGGUCUUUAACAUCCACUCCACAAAUAAGAUCUGGUUUAUUGACUAGUUCAUUAAUUGGUCCAGCAGUUGGUGAUGUCAAUAUGGAUGGCAAACCUGAUUUAGGUUUAGGUGUUACGAGUUGGUCAAAAAGUGGUCAAAAUAUGGGUGUUUAUCCUGGAGUGUUCGUUAAUAAAGGAUUAAAUUCUAAUGGAGUUCUCACUUUUCAACUUACUAUACUUCCGGGCGUUCAAUUGCCACCAGACAAUACUAGACUACGUCAGUUGGCAUUUUUCGAUCAAUCUGAUGAUAGUAUUUUGGAUUUCUUUAUGGUUUCUUUAAAUCCCCAUGAUCAACCAUCAGCCCAGUUAUUCCUGAGUACUGUGGAUACUGAUCCAUACUUCUUAAAGGUUACUGUUCUUAAUGGACUUUGUUCAUCUGCGGAUUCAUGUUCAGAUGGUAGAUUACCUUAUGGUCUUAUGGUACCUGGAAUAAGUUCAUACCUCAACACUGAAGCUGCUGCUGGAGGUCGUCAUCUUUCUGCUGCACUUUUAAGUUCACAAAGUUGUUGUAGUGCUCUUCAAGUACCGUUUGAAAUAUUUGGUUUAGGUCAAUUUGCCAAUUAUGUUGAAAAAUUGACAAUUUCUAUACCACCAUCGAGAGAACUUAUUCGAUCACGUUUACUAUCGUUUAUUGUUCCAAAAGCUCAAAUUGUUAUCAAUCCAUAUCCAUUAGAUAAUCCUUCUGCAUGGACUAUGAAAUUGUUUCUCCAACCAUUAUAUAAUAUGAAAGUACUAUAUAUAGCUAUAACACUACUAUGUAUUUGUAUUCUACUCAUAAUUAUUAUUGGUAUUCUUCAAUGGUUUGAAUUUCGUGAAGAUCGUUUAGAAAAACAAAAAGAAUCUCAACGUUUUCAUUUUGAUGCAAUGUGA